GAUCGAGCGAACGCGCAGGGAUUACUCACGGUGUGCAAUCACGUGAGCACGUUCGACGACCCGGGAAUGCUGAGCGCGCUGAUCCCGUGGUCGGUCUUCGUCGGCGAGCCGCGGCGCGGGGGCGUGCGGUGGACGCUGUGCACGGAUGAGAUUUGCGCGAAAACCAAGCUGCGAGAGAGCUUUUUCUUGUGCGGUAAGGCGCUGGCGAUCAAGCGAGGCGGUGGGGUGGAGCAGCCGGCGAUGCGAACGGCGGCGAAUCUGUUACUGAGAGGGGAUUGGGUGCACUUGUUUCCCGAGGGUCGCGUCAGUCGCGACGGAGAGUUGGGAACGAUGCGAAGAGGCGUGGCGAAAUUGCUGUGCGACGUCGAGAUCGCGGGCGGAACGCCGCCGAUGGUGCUACCGUUUUGGCACUCCGGCAUGUCCGACGUAAAACCGUACGGGCGAUGGGAGAUUGGCGUGGGUAAGCGCGUGCACGUUACCGUCGGCGAACCGCUC